AACUACACCUUUUUUUUCUUUUCUUUUCUUUUCCCUUCCCAAGUUUCCCCAAAACCAUUGAUUAGCUAUAUAACCAAGAGAAUCAAUUCAAUAAUUCUCUCUAAAUUCUGAUCCUCCAUCACUUUCAAGUAUCAAGAUUAUUCUUAACUAUGGGUGGUGACAAGUCUGAGAAGAUCACCAUAAUGGUGCUAAAGGUUGAUCUUCAAUGUUCACGCUGCUACAAGAAAGUCAAAAAAAUUCUCUGCAAAUUCCCUCAAAUUCGAGACCAAAUGUAUGAUGAGAAGGCCAAUAUUGUCACCAUCAGUGUAUUUUGUUGCAAUCCUGAAAAGAUUCGUGACAAAUUGUGUUGCAAAGGAGGGGGAGUAAUCAAGAGCAUUGAGAUCAAAGAGCCUCCAAAGCCCAAAGUAGCCGAAAAACCCAAAGAGCCUGAGAAACCCAAAGUAGUGGUGGAGAAGCCUAAAGAACCUGAGAAGCCCAAGGUGGUUGUGGUGCAAAUGCCUAAAGAACCUGAAAAACCCAAAGUAGUGGAAAAGCCUAAAGAACCUGAAAAGCCCAAACAACCGGCGAAACCCAAGGAACCAGAGAAGCCUAAGGAGGUUCAGAAGCCCAAAGAGCCUGAAAAGCCUAAGCAACCUGAGAAGCCCAAAGAAGCACCUAAACCAACACCGGUAGCUCCACCCCGACAACCACAACCACAACCACAAUUUCCACCAGCUCCAGAGCCAGUGAUCGUGAUGCCAAUUCAAGGAUAUCCACACCAACCCCCUCCGGGGACGCAUUGUUGUGGGCAAUGUUACGAAGGCUAUACUGGGGGCCCGUGUUAUGAUGAUUGGUACGGAAGACGAGAACAACCACCUCCACCACCACCGGGCCCAUGUUACGACACACAUUCAUAUGGAUAUGCGCCCGGGCCUGAGAUCGGGCCCGGUCCCGGGCCCGCAACGUACGGACUCCCAAAGGGCUGUUAUGUGAACAAAUGUGACUACUUUAGUGAAGAUAAUGCAUCUGGAUGCUCAAUUAUGUGAAUCUAUCAUGUUGGGCCUUUACUAGGGCCCAUACUUACCUUUUAAUUGGGCCACCACACCAAAAGUUCAAACAAAGUUUGGAUCUAUCUGGCUAUCUUUUUGUAUGUCAUUAUUUAUAGAUUACAGAAAAAAUAAUGUAUAGUUUCCUACGUUUAGAAAAAAAGUUGUUAAGAGAGAAUAAUUUGGUGACCAGAUUACUGGUUAACUGUCUUGUUACAUAAUUACUUAAAAAGUUUAUUAAUAAAACCACUUUGUUAACUAUUA